ACAGUCACAACUGUCAAAAUAGAAUGGGGAAAGCAUGAGCGCAAGAAGAACGACCGGUGACUGAAACAUUUUAAUUUUUCAUUCAUAGAUUAUUUUAGAAAAAAAAUCAACUAAAAUGUUCCGUUUAAUUUUGGCACAAGCUAAAAAACCCAUUGAUUUGUCUGCAUUCACUUUGACAUUCUGUGCAAAGGCUACAAUUGGCCGUCCAAUACGAGAGAUCAGCGAUGUGAAAAUUAGUAGAACAUUGAACACCGACUCAUGUGUGUUUCAGUGUGGAACCAAGCAAUUUCUAGUCAAUACAAAUCAAUCACUAUCAAUUAACUCAUCAUUCUGUCAUAAUUAUGCAACGGAUGUGACGAAUGGAAAAAUUGACAAAUUAAAGAGUUUAAGUGACUUCAUAGCAGAGUUAAACGAUCGUGUGAGAAAUAAUAAUCGAAUAUCACAGUAUGAAUUGAAAAUACUACACAACAAGAUAGAAACGCAAAAAGUUACCAACGAACAAGCAUUGGUUAUAUUACGGUUUUGUUCAUUUGGCCGCCUCGAUCAGAAUCUCAGCGAAACGGUGAAAAGCAUUUGGUAUGAGCUCGAGAAACACGGACACGAAUUGGGCACACAACAUUACAACUAUUUGCUUCAAUUUGCAAGUGACAAGCAAGACGUGAACCUCACACAAUCAAUAUUCGAUGAAUUGAUUAGCGAUGGCAUUGAGCCUGAUGCCACCUCCUAUCAUUGCUUGUUAUCAGUGUAUUGUAAAUGCGGCAACAUCCGAAUGGCCAACGAAAUUCUCGAUAUGAUGGACCAAAAUCAAUUGUCGAUCGAUGAACGUUCAUUCAAUAAUGUGAUUCAGUGUCACAUCAUUUGCGGAAAUAUUGAAGCCGCCAAUGAAACGAUUGCUACUUUGAACAAAAAUGGAUUCAAAAUAAAUCGGGAUACGUUGACAACACUGUUAAGCCAUUAUGCUAAGGCUGGCGAUUUGGAAAAUAUCCGAAAAACCAUUGCAACAUUCGAAACCGAAAAUAUUGAGUUGUUGAAUUACGAUAUUCUCAAUGUAAUAUGCGAAUCAGUUGCCAGUGGACAUGCUGAUAAAAUCGAUACGCUGUUCGAAUACUUGAAACCGAAUGCUGAAUUGCGAACAUCAUUGCCAAAUGCAAUAACAUUAUUCGUUACAAACAAGCAAUCGAUCAUUUUGCCGAAGAUUCUUCAAUUUGUCGAUAAAGCUGGAGAGGCUGGCGAUAUCAAAUCAUUAUACAAGCAUUUAAUCAAUGAUAUGGUUCGUUACGAUACAUCUGAAGAAGAAUUUACCGCGACAAUAAAAUUGAUUGAAGCAACUGGAUUCACGGUGAAAAAUAGCUUUGAAAUGUUCAAGCCGGCGCUGAAGAGUUCAUCGGAAGUAAUGAUUCGCCAGCUACUGGCGCAUAUGAAGACGAAUGGAAUUGAAGUAACAGAUGUUGCAUUUGAGAAAUUGUUUCAACUGUCGGCCGGAAAAGGUGUCGAUGCCGUAUUGGAAGUAAUGAACUUAAUGUGUACCGAUUUUAAAAUAUAUCCACAUAUCGCUUACAUUCGUGAUGUCAUUUUGCCGGCACUGAAUGCCGAUGACGAUAUGGCACUUGCUCUUACCAAAUUGAAACAAACAAGAAUUCCCGUUCAUCGCACCGUCAAAGCAUGCGUAAACAGUAGCUUGAACAAAUAUGAUUUUAAAACGGCUAUCAAUCUGUUGAAAAAUUAUGAAUGUUUCUACGCAAAUCGUUUCAUUACAGAAACCCUGUUGAAUGCAUAUGCAACCACUGGUGAUGUGCGGAAUUUCGUGCGAAUUGUUAAGAUAAUUUAUGACAAUUUUUCGAAAAUCAAUGAAUAUUACCGGGAGGCCACUCUAUCUGAUGCUGAUGUAAGGAAGAGACAAAUGACAUUCGUUGGUGAAAUGUUGUAUUCAUCGAUUGCACACACGCUUACCGAUGCGAAACGUUUGGCACAAUUGAUGCAUGCAUUCAUUGCCGAAGGUUUGACCACAAGCCCGAAUCAAAUCCAAAAAAUCCAACAGCACCUUCUCAAAGUGGAUGAUCAAUUGCAAAUUGGUCGUUUACUCACACAACUAAGCGCACACAAAAUGCAAUUGAAGCCAAUAAACGCAAAACAACGGGGCGAUAUGGGCCAGCAGCAAAGUUCCAUUGAACUGCAAAGUAUGUUGGAUGAACAGCGAUCGUUGGGCCGAAAUGUGGCCGGCACAGAGAAACUAUUGUUUCUCGCUCAUAUUCGUGAAGGAAAUGUUUCGGAAGUGGAAUCAAUGAUGAAGUCCAGCAGUACAUUGAAUAUCACGAACGCAAAUUAUGGCAUGUUAAUCGAUUUGUAUGGACGUAUCGGUAAUUUGGAAAAGGGUUUGAAUGUCCUAAAACAAGCUUGCGCAAAAGAUCCAUCAUUCAAAUUAUAUCCAAUGACAACGGCACGGCUCGUCACGCUAAUGUAUGAAAACAAAUUUAGUUUCGAUGAAAUGGAAGCGCUUUUGUAUACACAACGCCAGGAUAAAGUUAUUCUAAAUAAUAAUGUCCCAUUCGAACAGUUGCUACAACGAAUGGCUGCUGAUGGCCAUACACAGAUGAUUGAACAGUUGUUCAGUGCGCUUAUAAAAUUCAAUUACAUUAAAGCGACGGUCGAUACGACUGGACCUUUGAUUACCGUACAUUUGAAGAUUGCAUCGUAUGACAAAGCCGUCGAAAAAUAUGAAUAUCUUGCAAAAACGUACAAAUUUAUGCCAAUGUCAGUGGUUUUAUUCAAGGAAUUAAUUCAAAAAAAUCAAAAAGAUUUGUUAGGACGUGCUUUCAACACCCACAAAUCGGUUCAUGGUGAAAGUGAUGCCGUAAGUCGGCUGGCUUUUGCGUACAGUGAAUGUGGACAGGUCGACGAGGCAAAAUUACUGUUUGCAAGUAAUCGCAUCCAUGACAUCACAAAAGAAGUUGGCAAAGUGUGCCGAGUGUAUACAACAAGUGAUGACAUCGAAUCAGCGAGAAUCCUAUUGAAAUCUACAGCAGGUGUAGCCUGUGAUCGUCGUAUAAUUUACCAAACUGUUUUGGAUAUUUAUUACAAACAUAGUAUGGCCGAAAAAGCCCUGGAAUUGUGGACAGAGAUUUCAAACGAUAACAUUUUACCCACACCGAAUUUCAUCGAUAAAUUGGCCGAACUGUUAAAGGCCAACAACAUAGAACUUCCAUCCGAUUUGGAAACGAAAAUAACAGCUAAUUUUAAAAUUCAAUCAAAGAAUCGUUAACUAUUGAAUUGUUUUUUCUUUCAAUUAAGUUCUGCAUUGUUAGUGUAAAUAAAGAGAAAAUGAAUGAAAA